AUGCCUACGGCACAUUGCCCCAAGCGCUCCUUGUGCUGGCCUUUACCGGCCAUACGCUGGUCCUCGACUGCGCCGAGAUCCCAGCAUCGAUCAUUGUGCGGGUGGUCGGCCCGGUGCUCCGAUCCUCUAGUGUUACCAAGAUCGUCUACAAUGCCUGCGCGUCUGCAUCGCUCUUGGCAUUCGUCGCAGAAGCUCAGCCCACAGCGUUUAUCGACUUGGAGCUCCUCCUCGAGCACCAGACGACACGCUUCGACGUCCCGUUUGCCAAGAUGCUGUCGCUACUCGGACUACCCGCGCACCCGCAUCCCCGGUACCUCGAUCGACCCGACUAUUUUGAUCCACGGCCACUCGGCGCCGAGACGACGCAGGCCGCCGCAGCCACUGUAUCUCGUUUGCUGGACGCCUACCAUUCCAUGGAAGAUGACGUCAGCUGCGACCGCGAUCAACUAUUGA